GGAUCAAUCAAGCUUUUUUUAUGACCUAACACGUUGUUUGAAAAUUGUGUACACUUAUUAGCUGACUCGGUGGGUUGAUCUCCAUCGAGCACUACUUCAUGUAAGAGGCAUUAUAAGGGUGUUUGGUUGGAUGUGUUCCAAAGCAUGUACCAUGUAAAAUCUAUUUGGGUAGCGUUCCGAGGUCAAUUUCAACUUGUUUGAGUUACGCCCUUAGGGCAAAUAUCAUGGGAGUAAGCGAUCCGUCAGUGGCUAAAAACUCCACGAUCACAGUUGGCUGGAUGGUGCUGAUUGGGCAGAGCUGAGACUAGGGUUCAACUUGUUAUUCAAACUUGCUUCAAAAUUUUGAAGAGAUAUCCAACAAGAAUCAAUGGAGGAGACAUCAGCAGCUCUUGACUUAUCCGAAACCUUCGCCAAGAUUAACCAAGACGACAUUUUUGGAAGUAAUGCAAAAUAUGAAACGAAACUGAGGUUAACAAAAGACGACAGCCGCAUGAAGAUCAAAAGGAGAAGCCUUGAUCUGAACAAUAACGAAUCUUCCAAAACCAAACCCUUGUGCAAAACUAAGUCGUUGAGCUCUCACUUUGUAGUAAAUAUUUUUGAUGAACAAUGCUCAAAUAAUCCUCGCAACAAUGAGGAAAAAGGACUUCUCUCACAUUAUCAAUCCUCUUCCUCGUCUCUUCACGGCGUACCUGGUCCAGUAUCAGAUGCAAUUGAUGAGGAUGAUCCAGAUUCAUGUGGUUGGAGGAAGAUACAGAUUGAGGCAGCAUUUGGCAUUUGCAUCAAGUUUGAAGAAGUGAGUUACAAUGUGAGAUUGAAGAGGUCGAAAGUGGAAAAACACAAUAUAGUGCAAGGAGUGAGCGGUUCGGUUUAUCCAGGAGAAUUUCUUGCUUUAAUGGGACCUUCUGGAGGUGGCAAAACUACUCUGCUCAAUCUGCUGAGUGGAAGACUGAAAUGUGAUGCUGGAAUCAUUACUUACAAUGAUCGCUUAUACACUAAAUCAUUGAAACAAAGGAUUGGAUUUGUGCUUCAAGAUGACACUGUUUUCCCACACCUGACUGUGAAAGAGACUUUAACUUACUCUGCGUUGCUUCGCCUUCCAAACUCGCUGUCUAAGCAGCAGAAAAUGGAGAGAGCAAUGGAUGUGCUCUCACAGCUUGGCCUAGAGAGGUGCCAAAACACAAUGGUUGGUGGGAAUAAGGUUGUGAGAGGGGUGUCAGGAGGUGAGAAAAAGAGAGUAUGCAUUGGCAAUGAAAUUCUUCUGAAUCCUUCACUUUUAUUCCUGGAUGAACCUACAUCUGGCUUGGAUUCCACGACCGCCCUUCGCAUCAUUCAGAUGCUCCAAGACAUUGCUCAGGGUGGGAAGACAGUGGUGACCACAAUACAUCAGCCCUCGAGCCGGCUGUUUAGCAGAUUCGACAAGCUGAUACUGUUGAGCAACGGGUGCUCAUUGUACUUUGGGAAAGCCUCGGAUGCAAUGAGGUACUUCUCAUCCAUAGGGUGCUUGCCACUUAUUGCGAUGAAUCCAGCAGAAUUCUUGAUUGAUCUUGCAAGUGGCAAUGUCAAGGACAAAUCCCUUCCUUCACAACUAAAACACAAGUUCCUCCCUGCUGAUGUGCAUAAGUAUCUCUUAGGUGCUUAUGAAUCAAGAGCCUCCACAAUGGAGAAGAUAAAACUGGAUGAAAUCAAUCACAAGCUCAAUAUGAGUAGUGAUGCAGCAGGAGAAUGUGGGGCAUCUUGGAUUGCACAAUUUUGCAUUCUUUCCAGAAGAGGGCUAAAGGAGAGGCGACACGAGUAUUUAAGCAGCCUUCGUGUGAUUCAAGUCAUAUCCACAGCAGUGAUCGCGGGCUUAAUUUGGUGGAAUUCUGAUGCCAAUAUGGCUGAAGAUGAGGCAGGGCUAUUGUUCUUCAUUUCAGUGUAUUGGGCAUUCUUUCCUGUUUUCACAGCCAUCUUCACAUUCCCACUAGAAAGGGCAAUGCUAUCCAAGGAGAGAUCAGUGGGAAUGUAUAAGCUGAGCGCGUAUUUGAUAGCUAGAAACGCGAGUGAUCUGCCUCUAGAUCUCCUCUUGCCUGUUGUGUUCCUCACAAUCAUCUAUUUCAUGGUGGGACUCAAGCACACUUUCUCGGCUUUUUCACUAACUCUCCUCUCCAUCUUCCUCAGCAUCAUUGCUGCUCAGGGACUAGGCCUAACUAUAGGUGCUGCAUUCAUGGAUGUGAAGAAGGCAACAACUUUGGCUUCUGUUACUGUCAUGACAUUCAUGCUAUCUGGUGGUUUCUUCAUCACUAGAGUUCCUCGAUUUAUGUGUUGGAUUCGGUAUUUGUCGUUGAAUUAUCACACAUAUAAGCUGCUGCUGAAGAUACAGUGUGGGCAUGAUGGAGGAGGAAUGGAGGUGGGAGCAAUGCUGCUCAUGAUUAUAGGAUACAGAUUAAUCACCUAUAUAUUGCUUAGGAGAAUGAGUUUAACACCUGCUUAAUUUUUUCCAUUUUUUGCUUUCUCAUUUUGUGUUAUGUUUCUCCAUUAUAUAUGUAACUCAAGCUUCAGUAUUUGGCUCGUCACUUCUUUCUCUUUUGAAUAAAAAAAAAUACUCACUCCGUGCAUAAAAUUUGUAGUAUGG